UCUUCAGACGAUCCUAACAUUUCGUCCUAAAAAUUGCACAAAUUAUUGGCUGGUCGAGCAGACAUUUCAUUGCUCAAGACAGAGCUUUCAAUCCUGCAUUUAACUAAACCAUAUUAACUUUUGUUUGAGUUCACAAACUAAUCAAACCGUAUUAAAUCCCAAUUGAAAACCAGAAAUAAACCAAAAUGUCAGAUGGUAAUUGCGAUCUUUAUUUAUUUAUUAGUAAAGCAAAGAGGCUUGCUAAUUGUGGUUAUCGAAAUAUUUUAGCUAGCAAGAUAGCGUCUUAUAUCCAAGUUGAGCAAAUUUCAUGCAUUGACUUCAAAAACAGGAGAGAGUGAACUUUCUUGGUUGUAUACUUGUAUUGGGAAAUCUCUCUCAACUUGGUUUAUUUGGGAACGAUGGGGAAUUGUAUAGCCCUCAAUAUAUCGUGUGAUCAGGUGUUAAACCAAGUAUGUGGGUGCUUUUGCGGUAAAGGCAAUCACAUUUAUAAUCUCGACUCUCGAGGAUAAUCUCGCGGCUCUAAAGAAAACCAUGGAAGACCUACAGGCAAGGUGGAGGAUAAAGGCAUGUUGACAAGGGUGCAUAUUGUGGAGGAUAAAGGUCAACAAAGGCUUCAACAAGUUCAGGUAUGGCUCAAUAGAGUUGAUGUCAUCGAAAACAGCUUUAAUGAUCUAAUUAGUACCAGUGUCGUGGAACUUGAGUGGUUGUGUUUUCGUGGUGUUGGUUCCAAGAAUUUGAAGAAGAGUUAUAUUUACGGUCAAAAGGUUAAUUUCUUGAUGUGGAAAGAGGUCAAUAAUCUCAAAUCUAUGGGAGUUUUUGAGGUAGAGGCUACGCCAUUGAGAAGAGUUAUGGUUGAGGAAAGGCCUCUACCUCGGACGCUUGUUGCUCAGAAGAUAAUGAUGGAAAGUGCAAGGAAAACCCUCAUGGAUGAUGAAACAUGGAUUAUGGGUAUGUAUGAUAUGGGAGGAGUGGGAAAAACAGCUCUUCUCGCACAAAUCUAUGAUAAGUUAUAUGAAGAAAGGCAGAUCUUUGACCUUGUGAUUUGGGUUGACGUGUCUAGAGAUGUACAUAUAGAAAAGAUUCAAGAAGACAUUGCUGAAAAACUAGCUAUUUGUAAUGAGGAGUGGGACUGUAAAACAAUCUAGAUACACACUUUCUUAAGGAAAAGGAGAUUCUUGUUAUUAUUGGACGACGUGUGGAAGAAAGUGGAUAUAACAGAGAUAGGAGUCCCAUUUCCGAGAAGGGAAAAUGGAUGCAAAGUAGUAUUUACCACUCGGUCUAGAGAAAUAUGUGGACACAUGGGAGUUUAUGAUCCUAUGGAAGUUCAGUAUCUGGCAGAGAAUGAUGCAUGGGAAUUGUUUCAACGAAAAGUCGGACAAAAAACAUUAUUGAGUCAUCCAGACAUUUCUAUGCUAGCAAGAAAAAUUGCUAAAAAAUGUCAUGGCCUACCGUUAGCACUCAAUGUCAUUGGUGAGACCAUGUCAUGUAAAACCUCUGUAUAUGAAUGGAAACACGCAAUCGACGUUUUGUUGAGAUUGACUAGAGUAGAGUGGAGUUGUUGUUGUGUAAGGUUUAGUAGUUCUUUGCUUCUUUUUCCCAUCUUUUACAUGAUGUUACCAACCCUGGGGGGGUUCGGGUUCAACAUUCUUAAGUAUAGCUACGACAUUUUGAAAGGAGAACAUGUUAAGUCGUGCUUCCAAUAUUGUGUUCUAUUUCCUGAAGAUCACAAAAUACGUAAAGAAGAAUUGAUAGAGUAUUGGAUAUGCGAGGGUUUUGUUGAUGGGAAAGAUGGUAGAGAAAGAGCUCUAAACCAAGGUUAUGAGAUACUUGGUACCCUUUUACGUGCAGGUUUAUUGUUGGAGGAUGCAAAGACUAAAUCAUAUGUGAAAAUGCAUGAUGUGGUCCGUGAAAUGGAUCUUGGAAAUCACAAGGAGAGAUGUAUUGUACAAGGUGGAGCUAAGUUACGCAAAGUACCCAAAGCUAAAGAUUGGAGUACUGUGAGAAGUAUGUCGUUGAUGCGUACUAACAUCAAAAUGAUAUCUGGCAACCCCGAUUGUCCUCAACUUACAACUCUCCUUCUCAAAACAAACUACAAGUUGGAAAAUAUUUCAGGUGAAUUUUUUAUGUCUAUGCCAAUGCUAGUAGUCUUGGAUCUGUCAAUGAACUACCGCCUCGAAGAAUUGCCAGAAGAAAUAUCAGAGUUGGUCUCCUUGCAGUUUCUUGACUUGUCAUACACAAGUAUAGAUCGACUGUCAGUUGGAAUACAAAAGUUGAAAAAACUAUUACAUCUAAAUAUGGAAUCCAUGUGGAGACUUGAGAGUAUUUACGGGAUAUCGAAUUUGUCGAGUUUGAGAUUAUUGAAACUACGAAAUUCCACGGUAUUGGUAGAUAACAGCUUAAUAGAGGAGCUGCAACUCUUGGAAUAUCUAGAAACUCUUACCCUAACAAUACCAUCAAGUUUGGGUUUGAAGAAACUGUUCUCUGCUCACAAGUUGGUGAAAUGCAUUCAAAAGGUAUCUAUAAAGAACCUUGAGGAAAAAACAUUCAAGAUAUUAUCUUUUCCAGUCAUGGAUAAUCUGAAUAGUCUCGCCAUAUGGAAGUGUGACAUGUUGGAGAUAAAGAUAGAGAAGUCACCAUCAUGGAACAAAAGUCCAACAAGUUCAUGCUUCUCUAACCUCUCAUAUAUAUGGAUACGAGAGUGUUCGGGUCUAAGGGAUUUGACGUGGUUGUUGUUUGCACCAAACCUUAUUGAUCUGACGGUUGGUUCGAUAAAUGAACUAGAGGAUAUAAUAAGCAAAGAGAAAGCUGAUCAAGCUAGAGAAGAGCAAGGUAAUAUUAUUCCUUUUCAAAAACUGGAAUCUCUCUCCUUGAUUGAUUUACCUACGUUAAAAAGCAUCUACUGGAGUCCUCUACCUUUUCCAUCUCUUAAGAGAAUCAAAGUACAAAAGUGUCGAAAACUUAGAAGGCUUCCAUUCGACUCUAAAAGUGGUGUUGUAGGUGAAGAUCUUGUCAUAAAUUACGGAGAGGAGGAAUGGAUAGAAAGAGUUAAAUGGGAAGACGAAGCCACAAGACUUCGUUUCUUAUCUUCUUCCUACAAAACCCAUAAAGAAAUGACUAAACUAUCUAGCUCUGCGGGAACGUGUGUGACUACAAAAAUGCAUUUAUGGAAUGUUUAUGGUCCGAAUAUGAAAGUGUAG